UCCAGUGCGGCGCUGCUGCUGGGAGUGAAGGGAAGAUGGCGGCCGGACCCGGAGCGGCCAGCAGUGGUCACAGCGGUGGCCGCGGCUCGUCGGCCGCUUUGGAGUCAUCGCUGGACCGGCGGUUUCAGGGAGUCACCAAUACCAUGGAGUCCAUACAGGGAUUAUCCUCGUGGUGCAUCGAGAACAAGAAACAUCACGGCCUCAUCGUGCGCUGCUGGAUGAAGUGGCUUAAGAAAUCGGAUGCCAAUCACAGGCUGAAUCUUUUCUACCUCGCUAAUGAUGUCAUUCAGAACUGCAAAAGGAAGAACGCUAUCAUUUACCGAACCACUUUUGCUGACGUGCUGCCAGACGCCGCCCUGCUGGUCAAGGAUGCUAAAGUGUGUAAGUCAGUGGACAGGAUCUUCAGUAUUUGGCAGGAGAGGAACGUUUAUCCUGAGGAGCUGAUCUCUGAGCUGAAGGCCAGUCUGCACAAGAAGGAGAAGGAGAAGGAGAAAGAGAAGGAGAAGGAGAAAGAAAAGGAAAAGGAGAAGGAGAAAGUUAAAGAGCAACAGCCUUCUGCUGCUCCAGUCAACCCCAAAACUGCUCUGAAGUCUAAAAUUGUUGCAGAAUUUGUACCGCAUGAUUUUGUAGAGAGGUUAAUGUCUUACAAGAACUCUCUGGACGAGAGCGAUUUAAGAGAAAAGCAGUUAGCUGCUCUCAGAGUGGACGUCUGCAGCACUGAGGCCCUCAAAAGGUUAAAAGAUAAAGCAGGAGGUAAUAAGUUCUCAAAGGACUUUGAGGAGGGAAGCACAAAGCUGCAGGAAUUUGUGACGUUCCUGGAGGGCCAGAUAAAAGCAGGACCCCCACUGCUGGAGGCACUGGGAAAUGCAGACAUCUUUUACGAGAUGCAAUAUAAAGAGGUCAAAAUUGUUGCCAAUGCGUAUAAAGCUUUCGCCAAUCGCGUCAGUAGCCUGAAACGAAAGCUGGAUGCUCUGAAAGCAACAUUGCCCAGUCUGGAUGAAUCUCCCAUCCCUUCCCCCUCUGAAGACGCCCCGUCCCCCACCGGCUCAGAGUCGCCCUUCCAUGGCAUGAGUUCCAGGAGUGGUUCAGGUAAUGGGGAUGGAAACGGAGGGAGAGGUUUGGAGCAACAGAAGGACAACAGAGACAUAGAGGACAUGGACAUGUCAGAGGAAGAGGAAACGACAGCAAAUGCUGGAAUCGUUGUUGACGAAAGGAAAGAGAAGUCAAGUCUUCCAUCUGUAUCCAAGAACACAAAUGCAGCAACUAAAAGCUCCCAGAUCACCGCUUCUAAACCAUCCCAGGUUUUGACAACUCCCACAAAGACGGUGUCUGGGUCAUCAACCAAUCAAACACCUCCUGCAAACACUACACCCAUUACGACCACACCAACACCUGCCCCUGUUGUUAGCCCCUCCCCCCUGCAGGUGAACUUGGCCAAUGUAGAUCUGGGCAAGAUCAGCUCCAUUCUGAGCUCUCUCUCCAAUGCAAUGAAAACCACCGGUGUCAGUCCUGUUUCCCGUCCUUCCCCAGGCACACCUACCGGACCAUCCAGCCAUGCAUCCUCCUCCAAAGCCCCUCCUUUGACCCCUGGCAGCAUUCCCUCUUCAAAUCCUCUGGCUAGCAUCUUGUCUAAAGUGGAUUUCUCCCCCGAGAACAUCCUGAAUGUUCUCACAAAAACACAGACUCACAGCCCCAACCUGCAGGGUUUGUCCUCUCUCCUUUCUUCAGCUCGUUCAGGUACUCUCACAACUCCAGACCCUGUUCCAUCUACAUCGGCCUCUUCUUCAUCUUCAGCUGUCACCACAGUGGGAGCAACCUCCACCACAACAACCCCAACAACUCCGAAGGGCCAAAAGGCCACAGGCAACAAUUUCAAGCGAGAGUCUGAACGAGAGAAAGGGAGAGAGUGGGAGAAGGUGAAAGAGAGGGAAAGAGAAAAAGAAAGAGAACGAGAACGAGAACGAGAGAAAGAAAGUGAGGAAGAGGCUGUGGUACUGCCCAGCCUGGAGUCGAAGAUCAAUAGUUUCCUUCAGGGAAAUCCUGGUUUCAGUGCUCUCGGACUUGGCUUGGAUGACAUGGGCAGCAAUAGCCCUCUCCUCGUCGGUGGUGACAACCUGGAUGGCACCCCUGUCCGAGAUGAGAGCGGUAGCACGCCCACCCAAGAUGAAAUUAUGGACUCUCCCCAUGUGCUCAGUGACCCCCAGAGUGCAGGCCUGUCUGGAGGUCAUAACCUUUCACCUACAGCCUAUCACAGUGACCCGUGGGAUGCCGUGAUCACUCCUCGAGAGGCUCUGGGAGAAAAUGAGAGGAAAGACAGGGAUUACCGCACACCGCCACCCUCACGACUUGCUGCCUUUAGCCCAAAUGUGACUAAACCAGUCAAGGCCAUGAGUAAAACCAAAGAGGACGAAGGCCUGAAGAAAAAAUUACCGGGUUUGAACCGUCCUUCUGCUGUCAUGCAAGAUUCGAAGAUGAAGGCAAAGAUGGAUGCAGAGGGAGAGAAAAGUGCAUCCUCCCGCAAGCCAAGUGUAGGAUCUGACGAUGGGACGAAAGACAAGGAAAGGAAGCCUUCGGCUGACAACGAAGACCACUAUCAUCGCAUUGAGACUCUUGUUUCUUCAUCUACCAAUGAGGGAGCACCAAUUGAAACCCUUGAUUAUGGCAACCGCAUCCAGACGGUGGAAAGCAUCCGCGUGGUCGGGAGAGGCCUGAGAAGAGGGAGCAGUGCUGGUUCUAGAGUGGGUGGGGCCUGGUAUGAAGAGGAGGAGUUUAUGGAAGCCCCACCUCCACACCACAGCCAUGAGAAUUCUGAGGAGUUGGGAUUGGUCCCUCCUCUUCCCCUACCUCUUCCUCCUCCCCCUCCUCUUCCCGCUCACCUUCCGCCCCCUUUGCAGUAUCCACCUCCACCCUAUGCAAACGAAGACCCCGCACGACCUUCCCAUGGCAUUCCUCAGCACCAUCCUCCCCCUCCGUUUUUCCCCUCUUCCAUUCCGCCUGUCCCACCACCACUUCCUCCCAUCCCUCAAACCCCACCUCCUUCCAGAGACUUCCCCCUUUCCUCAAACUCCACCGUUAUGGUUGGAGGUGUCCUUGUCCCUAUAGACAGAGUCCUACCCUAUCCACCUGCCAACCUCCAUCCUGAUGGAGCAGGGCAUGGGGGUAGCGGUGGUGGUGCCCCUCCUAGAGGUGGCAAACCCCAACUCCCUUCCUUGUUAGGAGAUCCCCCACGCCCAGGCACGGUGAAAGAGCAGUUUGUCUUGCGCCACACCCCACCUCUUCACCGGCCUGGCACCCCGGGAGUUCCUCCACCCCUCCUGGGCAGACUUCGAGAGGGGCCCAGUCCCACACCACCAUCACCCUCUACCCCAACCACACCUACUCCUCCAUCCCCUGCUGGGGAACCCCAUCCUCAUUUGUCUGCCCCCAACCGCCUACCCCUGAACACCCCAAAUCAGAGACCCCGCCGCCCUUCCUCCCCUCUGCCCCUCCUCCAAUUACCAAACCAGCAUCACACGCUUCGUUCCCCACAGUUUCCCAGAGGUUCCCUGCCCCUGCCGCCCCACCAUGACCCCCUUCUACCUGGGACAAAGCGUCCUGCUGCUGGUUUCGGCAGUGGGCCUUUCAACCAGCCCAAAAGGCCGUUCCUGCCCCCUCGAUAUUAGUGUCUUAGAAUGAGUGUUAAAUGCUCUGUACAAGCUGAAAUAGGAAGUGUAGCAAGUUGCAUCACCUGCAAAUCGCAGCGUGAAAGUUAUACUGCAUGUAAAUACACAUGCACCAAAACGCCCUGCCCCAGAGCAGCCACAUGUUACAGCACUACUCUUCUCAGAGAAAGAAGCUUUCAGAUACCCUAAAGAUGAACUAGGAGGAGGAGAAUGUGGAGAUCCAGAAACAUCCAUGGAAUAUGAAGGAAGGCAAAAGGUGGUUAUCCUGUUCAAUUGGUGUAAUGUGAGAGCGGUUGUUGAGUGUAUGAGUGUGUGUGGUCUAUGGAUGACUUGUAAGUAGAUACGCUGACUAUCUCUUUCCUUCCAGUAACCGUUCCUUCACUUCUCCACCUUAUAACACUUGCUUUUUUUUCUAUGUAAAAUACUUGUUUCUGCUGUUUGACGGGUUACAGAUUACUGUUUGUUUUUUUUUGUUUUUUUGGUCUGUUAACCUGUUACUCUUUCACUUUGAGCGUAAAGCCAUGGGAUUUCAACUUUGUUUUAUUCCUGAGUGAUUAAAUUAUUGACAAAGAUGUAAUGCUGGGCAACCAUAAUGGCUUGUAGUGAUCUUUAAGCUUCAUAAAGCAAAAAUAUAGCCACACUAUCAACCUUCACCAAGAUGUGAAGAUUUCGGCUCACAUUGCGUACAAUAUAAGCUAAAAAAGUGUUCAAGGCAUAACUACUCGGUAGUUUUCAAUUGCUUUUCAAGAGUUCCUGUGCGUAUUUUUUUUUUUUUUUUUUUUUUUUUUUUUUUUUUUUCUUUCCUUGAUAGAGUUCUUACAUGUAUUCUGAUUAAUAAAAAGCAUUGUGACAAGAAAUAUUAUUGAAAGGAAGGAGACUUUUUUUACAGGUCGUCUCAUGCUUUAAGAACAAAUGUACCUGGAUUAUUUUCUGUCAUUUUGUCUUUAACAGCAAUUCUAUUCUUUCCUGUAAAUCUUAUAACUUAAUGAUGUCCAACAUGUUUUCAGAAACAUGCAGAGCUUGAGUACACAGCUCUGAGUAUUAUGUCCAAACGAAAGUUGAGGAAAGAAUAAGUUGAAUUAUUUUCAGUUUUUCAUUGCAUCUGAAAUGUUCAUCUUUUAAGUCAGUUCUUCGUCUCUAGGAUUUAUGAGAGUUCAAUCCUUUAUCAUGUACACAUGAUUGAAAUGUGAGUUCUUGUCUUUGUUCUACCCAAGCCACUCUUCCAUGCUUUGCAUUUUCAGAAAGUGAUGUCACAUGCAUUGUUCCUAAAACGAACGCAAGUGGUACAUCUUUUCACAACGUUGAUACAUUGCUAUUCAACAAAUGUUUGACAACUUAAAUGUGAAUAUAACAUGUAAAUUUGUUGUAGUUCUCAUGCAUUGUGUAAGGAAAAAAAAUAGUUGAAAUCUUUUUCACGUACUGAAAUGUUGAAUAUUUGAGGAGUGUGGUUUGGUGUCUUCAUUUGGACAACAUCUGCAUUCAUUGCAAGGAGUAUUUCAGAAAAUCUACACACUUAUUUAACAAUAUAUUGUGAUGUGCACAAACAAUGCACAAACAAUGAAAUUCAGAAAGAAUCUGCAGGAGGUGUAAAGUUGUGACAGAAAUGUGAAACUGUGAGUCACUCAGUUAAAUCAACUUCUGUACAUUCUGUAAGUUGCACCACAGGUUUACUUCUCAAUCUUGGUGUAAAAUCUGGUUUUAUUCAGUCAUAUCAAAGAUACAGAUAACUGUCUGGGUUGACUAGUUAUUUAAACUAAUUGACAGGACUUUUCUCAGAAACCAAAACAUUGAAAUGCCUAAUUGUUCUGCAACUACCUUCAGCCAUUCCUCACAGCAGAUGCCAUACUGACGUCUCUCAGAAGUUUAGUCAGUUUUCUUUGCAAAUAUAGAGUUUAUUCAGUAGGUAAAUGCAGACUUGAGUAUUAUGGCCCUACAGUAAUGAUAUUGCUGAUUGAUUGUAAGCUCUGUAUUAAGAAACUGAACAAACAGCAAA